GCAUAUCAUCAUGUACGUCGAGCGCGCGUUUAUCCCUCGGUGCUGCUCUCUUCCCAACCAAAUAGCCGCCGAUCCGCCCAAAAGACGCAUUUUCUUGUUAGUUGUCCGAGACUGUGUUUAUUUUGGGCUUUGAUACGUCUUGAUUUCGGCCGAAGCAACAUAUACAUUUUCUGACCUUAUAGAUUAUCUACUGAGUACGCAUAGAUCGCCUGCUCUAUUUUGAGCUAUACAUUGCUAUGGCCAUCACCAGACAAGGAAAGAUACCUACUCGGACUUUUAUGUCGAAACCCAUCGGCCAGUCCAGUGAAGCUGAAGAUAGCGGUCUCUGAUCAAUCGAUGUACGGUCUGGGAAUAUUUGCUGAGCUCUAGAUGCUUAAAUUGAUAUGAUUCCACCAGCAACCGCAAUCCUCAGGCAAGAAAUGUAUACGCACACGUGUCUUGGUGCACACUUGUACAUCAGCACCAACGCUCAUGAUGCUAGCGGCUACUCAUUUUCGGUGCAAGGGCUAGAUCUUAUUCAGAUUGCCUACUAAAUUGUGCCAUCUAUUCAUUUGAUACAGGGCUUUCCACACCAUUCCUGUUGUUGAGUGCCUUUAACUAACUUUCUACUACAAUCUGGAAGUAAAAUGUCUCAUGAGGAUAAAGAGAGCCCAGUUGGCCGUUUUGGGUAAUAGCCCUUUUGGAAUGCAAACCAUCCCCCCAACGGUUAUGGACAAAGCCAUUCAGAGACCUCACUUGGGGGGUUCGUCAAAACGCAUGGCCAUCCUUCAUCCUCCAAUACUUCUUUCAUCUAUUGUGCUGAGUUCCUCUUCCUCCCCAAGCUUGUUUUUGAAAUUCGAGCAGACCACAAUCAUGGAGGCCAACAAAACCCCCUAUCCCGAUUUUGACAAUAGCGGGCUGAAAUAUGAGUUCGUUACCGAAAUGUCAGCUGAUAUCUGGAAGAUAUCCCGCAAAAGUGAUCGAAUGGAGUAUCUCGCUCAGAAUGUCACAUUCAUGAUUUUGAGAGAUGAUAAGGGUGAUCGGGAACUGACAGACUAUGGUCACUUACUAGCGCCCCAUGGCGAGGAUUUGAUUCAGCAAAUCAAGGUGGUUUUGAAUCACCCAAAUCUAGUAAACUUAGUUGACAGCUUCGCCAUCGACUUCUCCCCCGCAGGUAGUCGCAGUCGCAAGCAAUGGUUCUUGGUCUGGGACUAUUGUGACGCUGGCAAUCUUGGGAACCUUUUUGUACCGCCGCAACCACGGCCUCAAGAUCGUCCUUCCUCACUAACUGUGAAAGAGGAGGAUGGGAAUGGGGACACGGAAAUGAAAGACAUGCCUCUUUCCACUAAGGCGCAGGAGGAGCAUCAGAUGUUUUUGCCGGAAUCCUUCUGCUGGCAUGUUCUAACCUCAGUACUAAGAGCCCUCGCAUGGCUGCAUGAUGGUAUCCGCGACGUGGUGGUGCAGGACAGACACUGGGAAAGGUUAGGCGAAGACAUAGACUGGUCGCCCAUGCUGCAUCGUAACAUCACACCCCAAAACAUCUUUCUAGGCCAUCCUCGCCGUCGGGAGUCGUACGGCCCCGUAAAACUUGGUAAUUACGGUCGUCUAUUUGUUUCAGGACACUGCCAAAUCGCAGGGGAUAAGCACGAACCCACCUUGUCGAAAGCAAUCGGGCCGCAUCCGAGUCAAGACUACACACCUCUUGAUGAAUUGAUCGCUCUUGACAUGUCACUCGGCAACGUAUAUCCUUGGAGACUAGCCCGAUCAACCCUAUACUAUGAUCAGUGAAUACAGGGCUCUCGGCGAGAUCAUACAGGGUAUGAUGAUUGAGCCCACCGGAGGCUCACAUAUAGCCAAGAUACAGUCGAAGCGUCCUCGAGAGAACGUAGCAAACACGAAAUACACGGGGCGGCUGAAGAAUUUCGUGGUCAAGCUGAUGGAAGUCGAUCCAUGGAGCAAGUUAUUCGAAGCAGAGCCCAACCCGGCGUUCGUGACAAGCGACCUAUACCGUGAAGCCCUAGAAGGAGCCGAGUGGUUCGUAACAGCAGCCGGCAAUGAUGGUGAUGCUUAUGUAGCAUCCCGAAUGGCUGAAGCGGAAGACUACGUCGAGAACACAGAAACCAGGGCCCAGCAACUGUUUGGUUCAUAUUUGAAUGUCCAGGAAGUACUAGAGAAGUUCAAGAGCGAACCACCUUCUGACGGUGGUGCGUGGCAUUUAGAUAGUAGUGGGCUUUUUGUUUUUCGUAAUUCAUAAGUAAACAGUAAUUGUGACUUAGGGAAUCUUAGGGAAUAGGAGAUUCGUAUUCAGCGGUGCCGUAUUAACAUGUACAAGCCCUUUUUGGAUGUUAUACAUACUUAUAUACUCUGUAGUAGGAUUUGGUGAAAAUAGAAAGCACUAAGCUAACAUUGAAGACCCUAGAGCAGAUCAGGAUCAGAGGGUGAGGGAGG